AUGAAGCGCAAGCUGAACGAAGACGGCGAUACCGCCUCUAAGAAACGCAAUGUCGCAAGCGACCAGCCCAAUGAUCCCAAGGCGGCAUUCCGACCUGAUCUUUUUGAGAACACAACAGUCGAAUCCUUCCGGAAGAGCUACGAGGUCGCCGGGCCGUAUCCUCAUGCCGUCGUUCCCUCGCUGAUCCAGGAACCUCUUCUACGGUCCGUACGCAGCGAGAUCAUGAGCCAUAUCCACUUCACGCUAAAGGAGACGGACAUCUAUCGCAUCCACCAGUCCGGCGAUCUUGCCAACCUCUCGAACCUCGACGCCGAGUCUCUAAAACAUUUACCCAACCUAGUUCGCCUCCGAGAUGCGCUAUACAGCCCGGACUUCAGAGAAUGGGUGUCCACGGUUACGGGCGCGGGCAAAGUGUCUGGGAAAAAGACAGAUAUGGCGGUCAACGUCUACACGCCGGGCAGCUACCUAUUGUGCCAUGACGAUGUGAUUGGGAGUCGAAGAGUCAGCUAUAUUUUGUACUUGACGGAUCCGGAUCAUCCAUGGCAACCUGAGUGGGGUGGUGGUUUGCGACUGUUUCCCACCGAGGUCAAGAAGAACAAAGCAGGAGAAGACAUCAAGGUGCCCCUGGCCGAACAUAGUCUCACCAUUCCUCCCGCGUUUGGACAGUUGAGUUUCUUCGCCGUCCGCCCCGGCGAGAGCUACCAUGACGUCGAGGAAGUGUACUAUGGCCCCAACCUCGAAGCUGAUGGAGGACGAAUCCGCAUGGCGAUCAGUGGCUGGUUCCACAUUCCGCAGGAGGGCGAGGAUGGGUUCGAGGAAGGCAUCGAACAAGCCCAGGCGCACCGGUCAACUCUCGCGCAAUUGAAGAGCGCCGCCACCGAGUUCGACGAACCGCAGCUGGUGUUCCGCCAUUUCGACGAGCCUCGCGCGGUGAUGGACAGUCAUGCGGCCAAGAAGGAGCUUGAUCCAGGCGAGGAUCAAGACCCAGACGAAGACAUGCUGACGGAGCAAGACUUGACCUUUUUGCUCCACUAUAUCUCGCCCAGUUACCUGACGCCGGAUAUGAUUGAAGAUUUUCAAGAAUCGUUUGGAGAGAUGUCGGUGCUCCAGCUCGAACAGUUCUUUGCUCCCAAAUUCGCUGCUGAACUGAAGGAAUACAUUUCAAAGGUGGAGACAGAAAGCGAAUCAUCGUCAAAGUCGCACCCCGCGAACUGGGCAGUUGCACGCCCACCACACAAGCACCGCUUUGCAUAUCUUCAGGGAUCAGAGGCCCUCCAUAGGGACAAGACGCCCAUAUCGCGUAUACUGACUGAUCUUCUGCACUCGCACGCCUUCAAGAAAUGGCUGGCUUUGGUGACAGGUCUGAAGCCCAGGAGUCUGGUGCGGCAGAACAUGAUUGCCAGAAGAUUUCGUCAUGGCAAGGACUAUGCCUUAGCAAACCCAUUCCUGGGCGAGCAGCCCCAGUUAGAAUUUACCAUUUCAAUCACGCCCAGUGAGGGCUGGGAGAGGAAUGAUGGCGACGACGACGAAGAGGCUGAUGGAGAAGAGUCGGCCGUGGAGAAGCCCUACGGAUCUGCUGGUGCUAAUGGUGCUUCGUCGAAACCCACAGAAACCGGAGACAGCGGCAAGGGGAAAGGCAAGGCCCGCGAAGUCGAAAGGGUGCAGGUCACUACGUCCACCGAGAUCGAGUUUGGUGGCGAAGAAGUCUACAUGGCUGGCGACGAUGAUGAUGACGACGACAAAGCAUCUGUCCAUUCCAAGUCUCUGCCCAGCGUGGGCAAGAAAGCAGAUCCAGCCAUCUACAAGUCCUCCAACGGUGAGGAUGAGGAUGACGGCAUCUUGUUUGCAAAUCCCGCCGCAUGGAAUCGGGUCAGUAUCGUCUUGAGGGACAAGGGGACGCUGAGGUUCGUCAAGUAUGUCAGCCAAGCCGCCGCCGGGGACAGAUGGGACAUCAAAGGAGAGAUCGAGGUCUCUCCAGAUGCAUGGGAUGAUGAUGAGAAUGAGGGGGAUGAUCAGGAUGGCGAAGCUGGACCCAGCCUGUGA